CAGUUACCUGACUGGUUCUCGAAUUUAAAAUCUUUGAGAUCAUUAAAUCUACGUAGGUGUGGUCUACCAAAAAAUUUUCAUGAUAGGCUCUUCUGGUCGACUUCACUGCAGAGUCUGGAUUUGGGUGAAAAUGAUUUGGUGUAGUGUGUUACAGUCUUUGCCAAGAAAUCUUCCAUUCAAUCUAAAAUAUGUCAAUGCACGAGAAUGUCCCAUGUUGAAGAAUAAUGCCGAUACUUUGACAAUGUGGGCUUCCGGGAAACGGUUCUGCUUCAUAAAUUGUGGACAAUCAGAAGAGGAUAAUGUUCAGGCAAGCCAUGUUCCAGUUCCAGAAGACAAUAUUGGACUACUCUUUUCCAAAUACAUUCAGAAUCGAAUCUAUGGUAAAAAACCAUUCGAAUUUCGUUUUCCACAUAGUACAAGAAUCCCCCAUUUGUGGAGCCAUUGGAGGAGUGGCCCUUCUGUGGCAGUCCCGCUAUCUGAUAGUAAUAGUUCGUGGAUUGGAUUUGCUCUAUUUGUUGUUUUCGAAAUCCUUGAGAAAGAAGAUUUCGACAGCAGACUGGUCCAUAUGGACUUUGUUGCUACGAACCACGAGUUGGGAAAUUUGGUGGCUUGUUCGAUAAAUUAG